AUGAAAACCCGAGACCAUGGAUCUACCUCCGAACCUGUGAAGUCUCAUAAAGAGACAAUUCCUAAGAUGGUUCCUUCUGACUCGCCUCCUGUUCCAGCAUCAAUACCAACUACCUCGCCUCCUACAGGUUGUCGACCCAAAACCACAGCAAGGAAGAAGGUCCUUGCUCUUCUAGGUCCUAAAGGAUCUCACUUGAUUGGGGCUACGAGUAAAGGAGUGACCUUUCCCAACCUUGAUGCGCAGGAAAACCAAGCCUCAGCGGUUCCACUCACCUCACCUGAAGGUCAAGUAAAAUCCAAACCCGCCUUCACUACAAGCCCUGCACAUUCUGUUUUCACUGAAGCCAUGUCUGAUCUGUCUGAACAUGACUCUAAAUCGCCAUUAUCCCCUGAUGUGUUAACGCCCAAGGCAAAGGGAAAACGUAAAUCCAAAGCCGUUCGAUCAAAGAGAACCAAGAAGGCCAAAGUGGCUCUAGCAAAAGGUACUAGCUCCAUCUAUGAUUCCUCUCCUUUAUCCAAAUUCAAAUUGAAGGAAAAAAUCAACCCACCACCUUGCACCUCCUCAGAGGAUGUCUCUCUUGAAACAGAAGACUCAUUGCCUGGGUUGGACCCUUCCUUGACCGAGGCAAUUCCUGAAGAACCUCAUGAAGAUUUGGAGGAGGAGACUGAAUCAAAAGAAGACACAUCACAAACCACUCCUGUUGCAUCUGACCCAAAGGGCACAACACCAUUGGCAUUUCCCGAAUUCACUACCAAACAUACUAAACAAAAAGGUGCCCGUGUUCGUACUUUAGGUUCCUCUUUCAAAGGUUAUUCUCUUACUUUCUGCUUUAAUGGUAAUGAGAAAAAUAUGCAAUUUUAUGAGCAUCAUCACUUCAUUAGUGAACGUAAUUUCCUUUUUGCUCCUCAUCGUGUUUUUUGGGUUUUAUUUACUUUAGAGGAAAGGGGUUUGUUACGAUCUUUGUCUGGCUUUGAUGGGUUUGUGCCUCAGGUAGUUAAGGAAUUUUAUGCAAAUCUGAAUGAUGAGUUGUUACAUCAAACUUCUUUUAUGUUUCAUAAGGUUUAUGUUAGGGGUCAUUGUCCUACUGAAAUUGCUAAGGCCCUCAAUCUCGUUCUUGUUGAGAUUGAUGUAUCUAUUGAGUUUGCAAAGGAUCAAGUUUUGUCUGAAUUAGUUGGCCAAGCUAUGGUGUGGGAACCAAGUGCAUCUCUUCAUGUCUCGAACCUUACUCACUAUUAUGGUGCACUUUUCAAAUUUGCAAUGUUCAAUUGGAUGCCUACCACUCACUCCUCGACCAUCACUCAAGAUAUGACCUUUAUAUUGUUGAAAAUUAGGACUGGUGUCACUGUCGAUCUUGUUGCUGCUAUUUUUUAUCAGUUCAUGUCCUUGAGUAGUGCCACACACAAGGGCCAACACUUGAUGUUUCUGCAAGUCAUUUACAAACUUUUGGACUCUCAACGUCCUUUGAAGAAGUCACACGAGACCUUGAUUUCUCCUUUGGUGGGACCUACAUACAUUGUCAAAGAGAUCAAAGAUGACAAUGCUUCUACCACGGGCUCGUAA